AUGUGGCUCUACCUGGUGGGCCUCGUGAGCCUGUACUACCUUCUGCGCUGGUACCGGGAGAGGCAGGUGGUGAGCCACCUCCGAGACAAGUACGUCUUUAUCACGGGCUGUGACUCGGGCUUCGGGAAUCUGCUGGCCAGGCAGCUGGACCUGCGAGGCUUGAGAGUGCUGGCUGCUUGUCUGACGGAGCAGGGGGCCGAGCAGCUGAGGGGUCAGACGUCAGACAGGCUGGAGACAGUUAUCCUGGACGUCACCCAGACAGAGAGCAUUGCUGCAGCCACCCAGUGGGUGAAGGAACACGUAGGGGACAGAGGUCUCUGGGGCCUAGUGAAUAACGCUGGCAUCUCCGUGCCCUCGGCACUCAAUGAGUGGCUGACCAAACAGGACUUUGUGAAUAUACUGGACGUGAACCUGCUGGGGGUGAUCGAGGUGACCCUGAACCUGCUGUCCCUAGUGAGGAAGGCGAGAGGCCGUGUGGUCAAUGUCUCCAGUGUCUUUGGCCGGGUGUCCCUCUGUGGUGGGGGCUACUGCAUCUCCAAGUACGGUGUAGAGGCCUUUUCAGACUCUCUCAGGAGAGAGCUCUCCUCCUUUGGGGUGAAGGUGGCUAUUAUUGAGCCUGGUUUCUUCAAGACUGGAAUUAACAAAACAGAGACACUUUUACUGAAGUUGCAGGAGCGGUGGGACCAGGCCAGCCUGGAUGUCAAGGAGGCCUAUGGCAAGAAGUUCCUGGAUUCCUACAUGAAAAUGAUUGAAACCAUGGGAAAAAUCUACUCAUCUAAUCUGUCCUUGGUGACGGACUGCAUGGAACACGCAUUGACUGCCUGCCACCCCCGGACCCGGUACUCGCCUGGCUGGGAUGCCAAGCUCUUCUACCUUCCCAUGAGCUACAUGCCCACUGCCCUGGUGGAUGCUGUGGACUACUACUUGCUCCUUCCAAGGCCUGAACAGGCCCGGUGA